AUGUCGGUUGUUUCUCUUCUCGGGGUCAAAAUCCUCAACAACCCUGCCCAAUUUCUCUCUUCUUAUCAGUUUGAAAUCACUUUUGAAUGUCUUGAGCAGCUUCAGAAGGAUUUGGAAUGGAAGCUCACCUACGUUGGAUCCGCGACAUCGUCUGAGUACGAUCAAGAGCUCGAUUCCCUCCUUGUCGGACCUAUCCCCGUCGGCGUCAACAAGUUCAUCUUCGAAGCAGACCCACCAGACCUUAGACGCAUCCCUACGUCGGAAAUUCUAGGCGUGACUGUCAUACUUCUCACCUGUAGUUACGAUGGUAGAGAGUUUGUCCGCGUCGGCUACUACGUGAACAAUGAGUACGACUCGGAGGAGCUCACUGCCGACCCUCCUGCCAAACCCAUCAUUGAGCGGAUCCGCCGUAAUAUCCUCGCUGAAAAGCCCAGAGUGACCAGAUUUGCAAUCAAAUGGGACUCCGAGGAAUCUGCCCCGGCCGAGUACCCACCAGAGCAACCCGAGGCGGACGUUUUGGAGGACGACAGUAACGCUUACGGUGCCGAGGAAGUGGAGCUCGAGAAUGCCCUCGUAAGGGAACUUGAAGAGGCAGAGAAGGAAGAACCGGCGAAAGGUGAAGAUCAAGAGAUGGAGGGCACAGAUAACCACGAAGAAGAACUCUCCGAUGCUGAAAGUGAGGAUAUCGAAGACGAGAGUGACGAUGACGACGAUGACAUUGACGAGGAAGACGGCGGUGAUGCUGACGAGGACGUUGAAAUGGGCGACGACACCGAACCUAAAGACGACAACACCAACCCUGCGGCGCACCACCCCCACCAGCAAGUCAUGGUUCACUGA